AUGGCUGUCUCACCCUCGGAAGCAGCCCCUCGAGUUUUGCCUGGGCCGGUGCCAUUUCAGUUAUCACAAAAGAACCAAGGCAAUUGGUUAAAUUCUUUGCGUUGCAAUUGCAUCGGGAGAGAAAGUGCUCAAGAGACUUCUAGAGAGGACACAAGUAAAAGAUUGGUUAAUGAUAUAGCCAAGGAUCUUGAUGAUCAAAGGUUUGAAGCAGCACAACAUUUGAAACGUGAGAAGGAAGGCCCUCGGCGUGGUGAUGAAGCUGCAUUUGAUACUGCAGUUGGCCAAACUAUUAGUAGAACGGAUGCAAAUUCUUUGGAGGAAGAAGCGUGGAAUCUAUUGCGAGCAUCAAUGGUGUAUUAUUGUGGCAGCCCAGUCGGGACCAUUGCUGCAAAUGAUCCAAGUGACUCGAAUAUGCUUAACUAUGAUCAAGUGUUUAUACGUGAUUUUGUACCUUCGGGAAUUGCGUUCCUGUUGAAUGGAGAAUAUGAAAUUGUUAGGAACUUCAUCCUUCACACGCUUCAGCUGCAGAGUUGGGAGAAAACUAUAGAUUGCCAUAGUCCUGGACAAGGACUAAUGCCAGCAAGUUUUAAAGUACGAGUUGUGCCACUAGAUGGUGAUGAUUCUGCAACUGAAGAGGUGUUAGAUCCUGACUUUGGAGAGGCUGCAAUUGGUCGGGUGGCACCAGUUGAUUCUGGUUUGUGGUGGAUCAUAUUGUUACGUGCAUAUGGAAAAAGUUCAGGUGACCUUUCUGUCCAGCAAAGGAUUGAUGUACAGACUGGCAUUAAGAUGAUUUUAAAGCUCUGUUUGGCAGAUGGUUUCGAUAUGUUUCCAACCUUGUUAGUUACAGAUGGAUCGUGCAUGAUAGAUCGCCGUAUGGGAAUCCAUGGCCACCCACUCGAAAUUCAGGCAUUGUUCUAUUCAGCUCUGCUUUGUGCACGUGAGAUGCUUGCUCCUGAGGAAGCUUCUGCAGACCUCACGAUGGCACUGAACAACCGGUUAGUUGCUUUAUCAAUUCACAUCCGGGAGUACUACUGGAUUGAUAUGAAGAAACUGAAUGAAAUUUAUCGAUACAAGACAGAGGAGUACUCAUUUGAUGCAAUCAACAAGUUCAACAUCUACCCAGAUCAAAUUUCUCCCUGGCUUGUGGAUUGGAUGCCCCAAAGAGGAGGCUAUCUUAUUGAACCUGCACACAUGGACUUCCGAUUCUUCUCACUUGGAAAUCUAUGGGCUAUAGUAUGCAGCCUUGUCACCACUCAGCAGUCGCAUGCUAUAUUGGAUCUUAUUGAAGCCAAAUGGUCGGAUCUUGUUAGCAACAUGCCGUUAAAAAUUUGUUAUCCAGCCUUAGAGGGUCAGGAAUGGAGCAUAAUCACAGGAAGUGAUCCAAAGAACACGUAA